AUGCUUAAGCUAGUCCUGGCCCCUUUUACAUACAACGAGGAAGAAUGCGCGUAUGUCCAGGCGCAAUGGUCCAAUUCUACAUUCCAGUCUCUCCAGCCGAUCGGGUAUGUUUAUCCAACAGAUGAUCCGUGUCUUCCGGUUGAAUUGAGCGCUGGGGAGAAGCCAGGGACUUGUACCUUUGGUCCGGCACCUGUGUAUACGAUCAAUGCGACGGAAGUGGACGAGCUAGUAGAGGGGAUGAAGUUUGCAAGGGAGAAUAAUAUUCGCUUUGCGGUGAGGAACACGGGUCAUGACCUCUUGGUGAAGUCGGAAGGCUACGGAGCACUGCAGGUCACGUCCUUCAACCAAGGUAUCGCACUGUUCCUGCAAUACGACGAAAUAUUCGGAUCAGGAAGCGGAUUGAUAUGGCUUGGCAUGCGCUUUCAAGAACUACAGACUCUCGGAGAGCCUGUGAAUUGGUGGAAGGUUCUGGGUGGGCUACUAGGAGUUGGGCUGGUGGGUGGUCCUGGGGCUGCAUUCACCGUUGGUUGGGGGGUGAGAGAGGAGUUGAUUGCUCAGAUUGCUUAA